AUGUGAAGUUUGGUCCAUUUAUUUAUAAAUACCUGGGAAAAUCAAAUCACGCACUUAUUUGAAUUGUCCGCCCUUCGAGAGUUUGUCUGUGGAUCCUGAUCGACAUCGUUGUGGUUCGUGUCUUUCUUUAAGAAAACUAGUUUAAGCAACUGUUCCAGGCGUGACAACUACUGGCCAGCUGUCUUUAAUAAGAAUACCUUCAAAAGAAUUACAGGUGGUGCCGCUGACAUAUCCGCAAAACGUGGGCUGGUGGACACCGCCGGUCUAAACUGUGAAGAAACGGCUGCAACAAGAUCGCCCAGCUCUUGCAGCAGCAGCAGCAGCAGCAGCAGCAGCAGCAGCAGCAGCAGCAGCAGCAGCAGUCCACCAAGGUCAGCGAUAGAGCCGGAGAGAAAUACACUGUAGUGUCACGUGGUGUUGGAGGUCACUUGGUUCACAGAGAUGUCGCUGAUCUCUCGCCACAUCCCCUCCAGCGUGGAGUUGCCGCAGUGGGCGGGGCGGAGCCACUGGGAGCUGGUGGGGGCGGACGACUACAGCGUGGAGCGUCAACUGCGGCUGCUGGACCGCGAGAUGCAGCGACUGGCAGGAGACAUGAGUCGUCUGUACACCCAGGCCGGACUGACCGCAGGCACCAGACCCACCACUGCGCUGCUGAGGGAAGGGGUGACUGGCGCUGACGUCCCCUGUCUUGCCCCGGGCGUCAUGGCGGACAUGGAGCGCUGGUGGGCGGAGCGCGAGGCGUUGCUAGGCGCCGACUCGCACGCGGAGACCUGGCGCCAGAAGGAGAACUUCCUCCUGGACAACCCCGUGGUGCGGGACAGCCAGGGCCGGCCUCAGUUUCGCCUGCAGUUCGACCUGCGACAGUUCAAACCGGAAGAAGUUACCGUCAGGACGAUUGGACAGCAGCUGAUUGUGCAGGCGCGGCACGAGGAGGCCGGUCCUGACAAAAAGGUUCACCGAGAGUACUGCCGCCAGUGCACGCUCCCUGGUGACGUCACACCGGAAGCUCUGGUCUCGCGCCUCAGUCGUUCCGGAAUUCUGACCAUCCACGCUCCACUUCCCGCCGCCGAGGAGGACAGGGUCAUUCCUAUCGACCGGUGCUAAGCCAGUGAACACUUGUCAGCCUCGGUGCUUUAUUCCUUCAGUCAAAUCCCUCACUCGAUCCCUACUCAGUAAAUGAGACUAACUAGAGUGACGGUCCUUUGCUAAGCUGGCUAAAGGGUGACCAACGUCCAUCUCCUGUCUUUGCCUCAAACUUUGUGUCUUUCGCUUCUCUUGCCCCACUGUCCUGGAUUGUUGUUGUUGCUGCUGCUGUUGCUGUUGUUGCUGCUGCUGCUGUUGUUGUUGUUGUUGUUGUCUUGUACCUGCGUCAUGUGGCUUGUAUUUUUAGGAAGCAGUUCGUUUACUACUUUAUUGUAGGUCUGUGUCAGCAGCAUAGUCUGCAAGCGCUCCAUGGACUUUCUCGACGGUUGAUGCAACUGUCACAGCACCCAUCGCGGCGCCAGUCGGCAAUGGACAGUAAAUGCACUUCGCUCAACUCUCUGUCGUGUCUGAAGAGCAUGCGCACUGUGAUUGUUCCGGUUCUGUUUCUGUCUGCUCCAUGCGCUACAUCAAACUCACCUUUUCUUCUCGCGCUGUCUUUGUAAAGGUGAGCUGUCCCAGCAUGCACAGGGUUAGUGUCAGGGUUAGUAUGUGGUCGUACAUGUCCUGUCUGCAUGUUGUGGCUGUCAUGUUUUGUACAGUUAUCUUCCUUGUGUAAAACGCAUUAAGCUCACUGCUAAUGAGGAAAAUGACUAAAUAAAUUCCCUUCAUAAUUAUGUUUUCA